CCUAGAUAAAUAUCGGGCCCAGGAGAAACUCUUUAGCUUUGAAGUCCCACUUGUGAGGAGUAUAGUCACCAGUAUGAAGAGCAGCCAUCUCGCCUUCCUUUGGGGAAUCAUCUUCCUGACUCUGACCGCAGUUCAAGCAUUCUUGAUCUCCAAAACAGGACGCUGUUCCUGCAUCAAUGUCAGUGGAACCAAGAUCCAGAAAAAAACCAUACAGAAGCUUGAGGAGUUUGCUCCAGGUUCUUCCUGUUCACGUACUGAGAUCAUUGCAACAAUGAAGAAUGGGGAGAAAAAAUGUCUGGAUCCAGAUUCCUUACAUGUGAAGAUUCUGGUAAAAAUGUGGAAGGAAAAGGAAAACAAAAAGAAGAAACCAAGAACAGGGAAUAAAAAGCAACAAACCAAGAAAGCUAAAAAGAUUAAAAAAGCUCAACAUCCUUCCCCAGGGAAGACCACAUAAGAGGCCGCUUCACGAAAAAGGCCUUUCAGGUUCAAACAUUUAAAGACGAAAUGUUAAGAAAAAUUCUAAGUGUUAAAAAUGUAUCAGAAAAGUCAACUAUUAUUGUGACUAGAAAUAUUAAGCAUGAUGAUGAAAUAUUAGUGAUUCUUGGAUAUUGUUUUUUAAAAAAUCCAAUCGCUUUUCAGUCUAGAGACUACAAUGUGUAAUGAGGAAAAAGACAGGAAACCCUCCUUGUGGGAAAAUUAUCUUGAAGAAAGAUCACAGUGAAGAGAAUCAAAACACAAUACAGAAAGAAAAUACAAUAUCUGCAUUUGUGUACACAUGCACACACACACACACACAUGCCCACACACACCUUGGCACCCAUAAAGAUUGUCCCAUGUACACAUGUCAUCUAAGAAGCUGCUGGAGGAGGCAUCCCUGCAUUUGCCUGCCAUACAUCCCACACUACAGAUAGCCAAAGUGAAGACCGAUUUAGUUGACUCAUUCCUUGGCUGCCUCCUACUUCCCUUCCCUAGACAUUUUAUUUCAUGUUCGGAGCCUUAAAACAGAAUCACUGGGGCUUAAUUCAGUCCCAUUUCUUUUUUUUUUUUCCUCUCUAAGUUCUGGAGCGAUGUGCUAUUAAUUUACUUUAGUCUUUGGCAGACUAAUUAAAACAAUCUGUAUGUCUCACAAAAAAUUA